AGAGUUUUAAUGGAGGAUUUUAAAUCUGAGAUUUCGGGUUCGUCAUGCUCCAUUCCUUCUGAGCCUCCUGAUAUACGGAACUGGUAUUCAAGUUACAAGUACGAGUCUUUUGUCUUGGAUACAUGCGAAAAUUUCGGAGGAACAUUUUCAGAAGAAAGGGAAAGUGACAAAGAUGAAUUGGUGAUUGGAGAAAUUAACAGAGAAAAAGAAGAGAACUUUAACGGGUCUGGAGAAAUUAGAAAUGCUGAUGAACAUGGGAACUUGAAUUCUAAUGAGGAUACUCUUCACUCCCCUUCAAUCCUUUCUGAACCUCCUGACAUCAGAAACUGGUAUUCGAGCUAUGUGUAUGAAUCUCCUUUGUUGGAUACGAGUGAUGGUUUUAGAAGUUAUGUUUCUGGAGAAAGUGAAUGUGAGAAAGAUGAACUUGCCAUUGGACAAAGCAUCGAAGAUGAAGCAGCAAAUUUGGGUCAAGAAACGGGAAGCACUUGCAAACCAGAUGCCUCUGAGAAAAUAUGCUCAACUAAAUUGGUCAAAUGCAGUAGUUCUUUAGUAGAUAGGAAGAAUGAAUCACACUCUCUCUUUUCGGGACCUCCGGAUUUGGGAUUUUGGUUCUCAGACUAUGUGUACGAGUCUCCUGUCUUGGAUACAAGUGAUGAAUUUAGAGAUAUUCUUUCCGAAAAAAAAGAACCUAAUGAGGAUGAAUUUACCGUUGAGGAGAGGAAGAGAGAGAAACAAGGGAAAUUCGACACAACAACAAAAACUAGACAUAGAAAUGAAAUGGUUGUUGUUAAGAAGAUGUGGGCAAAUGAGUUUAGGAAAUGCAACAGCUCCCUAAGAAAUGAUGAGCAAGAAAAUAUGUCUAUUAGUAAGGAUUUGCACUACGCUGGAGGAAAGGAAAACCUUACUUGGAAGGGUGAUUUGUGUUUUGAGAAGAUCUUGGAUCCAAUCUUGGAAGUCAAACAAGUGCGAGGUAGCAGCAUCGAUUCAAACAAAGGUGUUGAAAACUCAGGCUUUAAUGGUGGAGAUUUCCUAUCUAAACUUGAGAAAGCUGAUUCUCAAUCGACAGAUAUCAGCAGAAGUGCAGGCGAAAAUGAUCGAAAAUCUUCAAAGAAGUUGAUUAAUAGGACGGGUAGCACAAAAAAGAGCUCAGUUACUAAAGUUGAUCUUGCAUCACAUGAUCAGAGUCAGGAUUUCGAUCAGGUCAGUGGAGGUAAUCGGAGAAAACCAACCCAUGGAAGCAAUGACAAAGAGAAUGAAGGAAAAGACAUUGCAGAAGAUGGUUUUAUCACUACAAGCAAGAACAAGUUUACAAGAAGAAAUGAUGAAAAUUCUCUGGGAGAAAGGGGAGAGGUUGUGUUACAGUGUUCAAGAAACAAAAGUAGUAAUAUAGCAGGCGGUGAAAGGGGUGCUGUCGUGAAAAGAAAGGUGUUGGCAGAAACAACCAAUGUUCAACGCUGUGAGGCAAUGGAGAUCACUGGAAAAUGGCGUUGUCCACAGAAAAGCAAGCCUCACCGUGGCCCUCCUUUGAAGCAGCUUCGGCUUGAGCAAUGGAUUCGCAGGGUGUGACCCUGCGAAAAAGGCCUCAUUUGCAGAAAUCUUCUCGUCGCAUGCCAUGGAAGAUCCUCUGUCAUCUACUUUUCAACCUGAACUCCCUUAUGUUCAGAAACUGAAAAUUACCUUGUUCGGGCAUAUUCCUAAUCAAACCAAAGGCAUUCCA